GCUGCUAAUGGUUUGACUUUGGGUUUGAAAUGAAAGUAUUAAAAGAAAGAUCCCGGAAACAUGGCAGUAAGAGAAAGGAAAGUUUGAUAUAUCUAUCACGAAUUGAAUGGCGUCAUAUUUCUCUUCUCCUGUCUCUGUCUUGCUGAAUACUCCCUCCCUCCCUCAAAUUGCCAAGUCAAAAGUCCAUUGUGGAGGUUUGAACAAACUCUCUUGUUAGUCUCCCCUCCCCUUCCCUUCCUCCUACCUAUAUCUUAUAUUUCCCUCCUUCCCCUUUUUCAUUCUCAUUCAUUCAUUCAAACACAUCAACACACCUAGCUCUCUCAGUUCAAUUAUACUUAGCCACCUGCUUCUAAAAAGCUUCAACAAUGAGUGACUCAUUGGCAAGUGAUAAUAAUCAACUUCAUGAUUCCCCAGCCGUUGAUAUAACCGGCAAGAUCAUGGUGGUCAUCAUCAUUCUUCUCUUCAUGGUUAUUGUUACUUUUCUUUUCUUCCAUCUUUUUGCCAAGGGAUUCUGGUGGACUCAGAGUCGGAGGAGCAGUGACAACAAUUCCCAAUCCCGAAGGCGCCGGCGUAGUGGUCAAGAGGGUGGUGGUCUUGAUCCUUCCGUACUCAACUCCCUACCCAUAUCAAUAUUCAAUUCAAAAGAAGAUGGUUUUGAUUUGGAGUGUUCAGUUUGCCUGUCGGAAGUGGUUGAAGGAGAAAAGGUGAGGGUUUUGCCUAAAUGCAAUCACAUGUUUCACAUAGAUUGCAUUGAUAUGUGGUUCCAUUCCCACUCAACCUGCCCUCUUUGCAGGACAACACUUGCUGCAACUCCUCCUCCCUCCUCAGUAGUAGUAGUAGUAGACAUAGAAUCAUCAACAUCUGCUGCUGCUGCUGCUGCUGCUUUUCCCACAAAUGUCUUGAUUUGGGGCAACCACAACCAAAUAACCUCUUCUUCUUCAUCUACUACUUCGGAACAAAACACUUCUUCAUCAUCAUCCGAUGGUGAUAAUACUAUAAAUAACAACAGCAGAGCUGAUGAUGAAGGAAAUGGAAUGUUAAGGAUUGAUAUACCCAAUGAGUGUGAGGCCACUACUUCAUCAUCAUCACCCUUAUCUUCGGCGGAAGGGAGAUUAAAGUCAUUAAAGAGGCUUUUAAGCAGUAGCAGCAGAGGCAUAAUGAGCCUGAAUCCUUGGAGUCCCACUUCUACUGUCCAACAACAAACAAAGCCAAAGGAAGCAGCAGGACAAAGCUAGCUGGCUGGCUAGGGUGGAACUCCAAUUUCCCAAUGUUUUAUUCAUUCAUUCAUUAUUAUACUUUUUAAGUACAUAUAUAGAUGUACAUGUAGGUAUGUUAAUGUAAGCCCGCCCAAACUGAGGCAGCAGCAAUCAAUCAAUCAAAGUUGUAUAUUAUACAAAUACUCUGAGAAUAGAAAAUUAAAUUUAAAACAAACCAGGAAGUAACUGUGCUGACCAUUGUAAACAAGAACCAAAAUAAAAUGGUACUGUCUUCUGUCUGUGACCA